CUUAAGAAAACUUUUACUGUUUCGUGAGGCACUCCUAUAUUUUGCUUGCUGAGACAAAAAAAGAAAGAAGAGGUUACUUGGUAGCGAAAUAUUCCAACCUAAUGGUGGAAGACCAAGCAAGCAUUGGAUCGCAUUCGAUGCUUUCUUAAUUAUUCACUGCUCUGCAAAGGUUUAGAUGUCUGCCUUUAUUUAUCUUUUUCCUUGUUGCUUUUUUUUCACUCGUAUACAAUACAGCUUUCUGCUGCCAGGCUCACUUAAUUUGGACAGACUCGGACUCUGCAAUCUCUUCCUGUUUCAACAAUUAUUACUCUGUCAUGGGCUCGUCUUGCUUUUGGGUCGUUGAUAGGUUUUCUCGUUGCACUUCUUUUCAUUGUAAGUUGUAACCAGUUUGGCAAUUUCAUUUAUCGUGUGCCCCAGUCGUUUUUGUGGAACCUCGAAUGACUUGAGAGUUUACCAUGAUUUCUUGAAAUUUCAUCAAUUCUCGAUUACAUUUUGAGUUGAAGUUUGUCUCUUAACUCUGCACUUGAAUUGUGUCUAGUUUGAUAGCAAGUGACUUUGCAAAUGCCAGACUAAUUGAAGGAGACCUUCAAGUUUUCGUUUACUUUUAGCCAUAUGAUAGUUGCUGGAUAAGUGAAUACAAUUUGAUUCUGCAGGAACAGAUUUUGUACUCUUGUGUUGAUAAUUAUUUUUGACGAAUGCGCUCAUUGAGUUGAUUGGAUAUCACUAUAAGUCUAUAUCAGUACAUAUGUUUAAACAAAAGGAGACUUCUCGGGAGAUAAUCAUAAUGAGAGGUAGUGGAGAAGGUGAGGAAUCUUCAGACUCGAAGCGUUCUCAGCUAGGAAAAGUAAGGACAAAAUCUAUCCAUCCACCCAUUGAAUCCCAGUGGCUUCUCCAUCCUCCAGAAGAAAUUAAGCCUUCUUCUUCAUUGCCUAAACCAGGCAUCAAGUCAAUGUUAAAUUACCCUCGCAAGAUUCGGAACUCGUUGAAGAAACUUGGAAGGGGCAAAAGCUUGCGAAUAGUCCUUGAAGGAGUUCACGAUCCAAAAUAUGAACAACUUGUUGAUUCUCUCCGUGAACAACUUUUUGUUGAAGGUCAUCUAAUGGAGAGGCAAACUGACUAUCAUUCUCUUUUAAGGUUUCUCCGGAUGAGAGACUUUGAUCUUUCAAAAGCAAAGGACACGUUUGUGCAAUAUCUCGCGUGGCGUGAGGAAUAUGGGGUUGAUGAAAUUCUGAAGGAAUUUAAGUUUGAAGAAUAUGCAGAAGUAAAGAAACGUUAUCCUCAUGGAUAUCAUGGGGUUGAUAGAAAUGGAAGACCGAUAUACAUUGAACGGCUCGGAAUGGUAGACCUUAAUGCGCUGUUGCAGGCAACUACAGUUGACAGAUUUGUCAGAUAUCACGUGUCGGAACAGGAGAAGACAUUAAAUAUUAGGUUCCCUGCAUGUUCAAUUGCAGCUAAGAGACAUAUAGCAUCCAUCACAAGUAUUUUAGAUGUGAAGGGAGUGGGAAUGUCCAAUUUCUCAAAAACUGCGAGAUCUCUCUUUAUGGAAAUUCAGAAAAUUGAUAGCAACUACUAUCCAGAGAUUCUGAAUCGGCUCUUUAUAGUCAAUGCUGGAAAUGGGUUCAAGAUGCUGUGGAAAGCACUCGGGGCUUUUCUUGAUGCACGCACAUUAGCGAAGAUUCAUGUUUUGGGAUACAACUAUCUAAGUAACCUGCUUGAAGUAAUUGAUCAGAGUAAUUUGCCAAGUUUUCUGGGAGGUGACUGCACAUGUUCUGAUUAUGGUGGCUGCCUGUUUAGUGAUAAAGGACCUUGGCAGAACCCUGAAAUUCUAGAAAUGCUCCAGUCAACUUCUAUAAUGGAAGAGAUUUACGAUAGUGAAGCAGAUAGUGAUGUUGCUUCAGAGGAGGCUAUGGAAACAAGCCAAAAUGAAGACUGCGGUGACGGAGGAAACACCGAGGCGCAAAAAAUCCACGCACUGGAAGUUGCACUUAUGGACUCCAACAAAGAAAUCCAAGCAUUGAAAGCCGCUCUUGACAACACGAAGGCGGUUUUGGAACGACUUGAACAACACAUUAAAGCAUUGAGAGUUUAAGAUUAUAAGCCAGCGUGCCGAGUCCUAAAUUCUGGUGCUGCUAUAUAUCUUAAUUAUCUCGUAUAACCACAAAAAUCAAUGAUAAUGGCGAAAGAAGAGCUUUCUGAAGGUGCUGCAUGCAGCGUGCUGAUGACUCUGCGGUGCAGUGAUAGGCUGAUUUUACUUUAUAUUCUACUGGUUAAAUUUCGAUGCAGAGCACAGGUCCAAUCUGAACAAACUUUAAAAAUUAAUUUAUUUAUGGCUUAGAGUAUAUUUUUUUUUAAAAAAAAAUAAAAUUCCAUCAACCCUUAGUCGAUGAACAUUUAAAGAAAAAUAUUUUAACCUCCAUAAA